UCAUUCGUGAGUUGGAUUUGAGUGCGUGCACAGCUGAAAAGCAAAAUGCAAACGGCUGUAUUUUCUAUAUACUCGAUGCCACUGGUACAUACAUAGUGUGUGGAAUCGGGAAAAGCACAAAUUUCUACGAAGCACGCAGAAAGGAAAUCGGCAAGGAAAACUGUGAAUAGUGAAGUGAAUGAAAAGAGAAAAUUAGUGAUUAUGAAAUAAUAUUGUUAAUGAGAAGAGACAAGUAGCGAAUUGAAUUAAGUCAGCUUUAGAGACUCUUUCCAUGUUAUAGAUAACGGGCCGAUUCAGAGAAACAUUUCGAGAUCAAUAUUCAAUUAUUGGUUGUGUUGGCAUGUUAAGUGUGUUCGAUGCCGGUGCGGUUAAGUGUCGUCUAUGGCCGAAUCCGUUAAAAGUCAAUCGCUCUCUGCAUUGACGGAGGGGCAGCACGACGACGGUGGUUCCACAUCAACCUCAGCGACAUUGGCUAACAACACCAGUGCGACCAACACCACAAUUUCAUCCAAUCACUCGUCUCAGCGGCGACGCAAUAACAAUACAAACAGCAACACCAGCAGCCACAGAAAGGGCCAUAGCAAAAACAAGAAACGGAAAACACCGGACGCAUCAGCAGGUCCUGCUGUAAGCUCCUCCGCCGACGUGGUCGCCGCCAGCUCUACAGCAUCUCAAACCACCUCCACACGUCGAUCCCGCAGUCAAGGUCGCCACUCCUCUGCAACAGCCCACAGCAGCAAGGACUCGCCGGUGAAGCGCACGGCAGCAGCCUGUCGUUCCCCGUCAUCGCCAGCAUCCAGCUUCAUCCCGACUGUAGGCGACCAAUCGCUUUCACCCGGCAGUCGUAAGCGUAACCAUCCUUUGCACAGCAUCAACAGCAGCAGCCGUUUUCGCAAUAGCAACCAAUCGGCACCCGGAGGAGAUCAGUUGGUGGAGCUUUGCUCGCCUCUCAAGAAGCGCCGCUUGCAGCAGUCCUUGGGAUCAGGAGUCGCCGGAGGAGCAGCUGAAGUUGGCCUAGCUGCAGAAAGCACAGACCAGACACCUCGUCAGGCAUCCGGAGACUGUGUUGCUCAGCGCACUCGGUCCAAAACUACUUCCCCGGAGGAGCUGCCGAGUACAAGCAGCGCUGCGGCUGCGCGCCAGCAUAAUCAGUUACGGGCCAGUGCCAGCUCUACCAGCUUACCGACCAGCAAUCGGAACAAGCGCAAGGCCGGUGGCGGAGGAUCGCGAGCUGUGGUUGAGACCACUCCCCACCGAGGAGCAGCAGUUGCUCGCGCCGGUCGCAACGGCAAUCUGCUAAACUAUUACCGCAAAACGCGCAAGGUUAGCCACACGCGCGCCACCCAGAAGCAGGAGAAGCAGUCAGUACAGACGGAGGAGACGGCCGCCACCAGCCGGAACGGAUCAGUGGGAUCCGGAACCAGCAUUAAAUCCGGUGGGAUUAGCAAGAACAGAAAGAAUCUGCGCCACUCACAGCAGAAUCUGCUGGACACAGAGGGCACAGGAGCAGAAGGAUCUGGUGCUGAAGCUGGAGUUAAGGAGCAACAGCCGGUGCAAGGGAAUCUGAACGUGGAGGACCAGCUGGUGAUCCUUGAGACAGCAGAGAAUCAACCAGAGGCACCAGUCAACCACAGCCAGGGUCAGUUGGAGCCGGAGGGCCAAUCAGAGGCGCAGGACGACAACGAAGACGACGAGGAGGACGACGAAGAAGAGGAAGAAGAGGAGGAAGAGGAGGUGGGAUUCUACGAAAUCGUAAACUCUGCGGGCUCGUCUUACGAGGAGGACCCCCAGAUCGUUGCCGAGGAGGACGAAAUUACAACUGAGGAGGACGUCGACGACGAGGAAGACGACGACAUCGAGGAGGACGAAGACAUCGAAGAGGAAGACCUCUCGGAGAGCGAAUUCGCCCAGCAACUGAUUGGUGAACUUGGUGGAAAACAACAACAACAAGAAGAACAAGAACAACCACAACGUGCCAGCAACAACAUUAAAACAACCAAGAACAACACAUUAGCGGCAGGAACAAACAAUAUAAAGGCGACAGCAACAGCAACAACGUCGUCCGGCUAUCAGCAACGUGCCGCCCCCCAUGGACAGGGGGCGGGGCCAGGCGUUGGAGGGGGUGGGCCACGUGCCACGCGCAGCAGCAAUAGCAACAGCAGCAGCAACAACGUUGUUGACUACAGCAUUAUGCCGCACCUCACAACGGCCACAACAACCACGGCAUAUGCCUUGACACCCCAGCAGCAGCAGCAGCAGCAACAUCAACCGCCACAACCUCCGUCGCAACAGCAACAGCAACAACAAGCACACCAACAACAACAACAACAGCCACCUCAAUUGCUGCCCACACAUCAGUUUGCACACUUGUCUUCCUUUGUGACACCAACAGCAGCGGCAGCAGCAGCGGCGGCGGCGCACUAUCCCCCAGCUACUGCUGCUGCCGCUUACUUUGCACAGCAGCAACACCAUCAGCAUCAUCAGCAUCAGCAACACGUGCAACAGCAGCAGCCACCGCAGCAGCACUAUUACCAUAGUUCUGUGGCCGUGUUGCAUCAACCUCCACCGCACCAUUUUACCUCCUCAGGGGCAGGACCACCGCCGGCACUCUACCAGCAACAGCCUCCGCCGCAGCUUACGCGCUACACGCCGGCAACAGCAACUACAGCAGCCACGUUUGUGCCUCCACAGCAGCAACAGGUUGCUUACAAUCCGCAACAGCAGCAGCAGCACUCCUCACUGCGACGCAGUUCACGUGGCAAGACGGGUUCUUGUGUGAGUUCGGCAGCAGCAGCACAGCAGCAGCAACACCACCAGCAGCAACAGCAACAUAGCAACGCUGCUGCUGCUGUACAGCAGCAAUUGCUGCCACCGCCUGGUACCUAUCAAUACCAACAGGUGGGCGGCAAUACCGUUGUAGUUGCCGUGCGUCAUCAGCAACAGUUGCAACAGCAGCAGCAGCAGCAGCAACAGCAACAACAGCAACUGGCCUUACAUCAGCAACAUCAGCAGCAACAACAGCAGCAACAGCAGCGUGCCACGCUCGUCCAGCCAGGAUUCUUGUUCAGCUAUCGCAGCAAUCAUCCCCAGCAGCAACAGCAACCGGCGCAACCGAUACAUCAAGGCCCCAAAGUGACGCAUAGCAGUGCAGCUUCGGAUGCUUUAACAUAUAGUUUGAUGGCACAACAACCGCCAAGUGGACCGCCGCAUGCAGGUGGACAGCAAAUCACGCCAGGUGCCAACUCAGCCAAUCUCAGCAUUGUAGCGGCCGCUUUGAGUGCCGCCCGUGACGUAGCAGGAGGAACUGGCGGUGGAGUAUCAGGAGGGGGAGCUGGAGGAGCAGUGACAGCAACUGGAGCAUCAGCUGCAAGCGGAGUAACCACCAGCGCCGUGGGCGCGACCAGCAGCAGCAAUAGCAGUGCCGGCCAACCAGCCAGCAACAGCAGUAGCAGCAAUGUGACUGGAGCGGGACAAGGGUCGGCUCCUGGCGGAGGACCCACAACCACCGGUACAAGCAGUGGUGGUCAGCAUGGUAGCGGAGCAGGAGGUGCUGCAACUGCUGACUCGGAAAGUGAUGAUAGCGAGGUGGGUCGCCUGCAGGCAUUGCUUGAGGCUCGCGGACUGCCGCCUCAUUUAUUCGGCGCCCUUGGCCCAAGGAUGACGCACAUUCUACACCGCACCAUUGGUAACAGUAGCAGUUCGAAAGCCAAUCAACUCCUGCAAGGACUGCAAUCCCACGACGAAUCCCAGCAGCUGCAGGCUGCAAUCGAAAUGUGCCAGAUGCUGGUUAUGGGCAAUGAAGAUACCCUGGCCGGCUUUCCAAUCAAGCAAGUGGUCCCAGCUCUGAUCCAACUUCUUCGUAUGGAGCACAACUUUGACAUCAUGAACAAUGCUUGCAGGGCAUUGGCUUACAUGCUGGAAGCCUUGCCCCGAUCCUCCGGCACUGUGGUGGAGGCAGUUCCCGUCUUUCUGGAGAAACUUCAGGUCAUCCAGUGCAUGGAUGUAGCGGAGCAAAGUUUAACCGCGUUAGAGAUUCUGUCCAGGCGUCACAACAAGGCCAUCUUGCAGGCAAAUGGUAUUUCGGCCUGCCUCACCUACUUGGACUUCUUUUCGAUUGUGGCUCAGCGAGCAGCCUUGGCAAUUGCCGCUAAUUGUUGCCUAAACAUGCAUCCGGAGGAAUUCCAUUUCGUUGCGGAAAGCUUGCCCCUACUAGCUCGCUUGCUGUCGCAGCAGGACAAGAAGUGUGUGGAGAGUGUGUGUUCUGCCUUCUGUCGCCUGGUGGAGAGUUUCCAGCACGACAGCCAGCGUCUACAGCAGAUCGCUAGUCCAGACCUCUUGAAGAACUGCCAGCAACUACUGCUGGUCACACCAGCCAUCCUGAACACAGGAACCUUCACAGCCGUGGUGCGAAUGUUGAGCUUGAUGUGUGGCAGCUGCCCGGAUUUGGCUAUCUCUCUGCUAAGGAAUGACAUUGCGGCUACCCUUCUCUACUUGCUUACCGGAAAUGCAGAGCCAGCUGCUGCCAGUGCCACUCAUGUGGAGCUAAUCUCACGUUCACCUUCAGAGCUUUACGAACUUACCUGCCUCAUUGGUGAGUUGAUGCCGCGUCUACCCUUAGAUGGAAUCUUCGCUGUGGACUCGCUAUUGGACAGGCCUACGCUUAACACACAGGAUCAGGUGCACUGGCAGUGGCGCGAUGAUCGCGGUUCAUGGCACAACUAUUCCACAAUUGAUUCGCGUCUGAUUGAGGCUGCCAACCAGAGCAGCGAGGACGAGAUCAGUCUAAGCACUUUUGGCCGCACUUACACUGUGGAUUUCCAUGCCAUGCAACAGAUUAACGAGGAUACGGGCACCACUCGUCCCGUUCAGCGUCGUCUCAACCACAACUAUGUGGCUCCCAUGUCUGCAGGACAGGACUUGACCACCACUGCGGCAGGAUCAGCUUCAGGGGGAGCUUCCACGUCCGCUGCCGCUGCGGCAGCUUCGUCCAAUAACAAUAACAACAAUAAUAAUCCACCAGGAAGCAGUGGUAAUCAAGUGAAGCGCCGCCCAUCGCUGGACGCCAGGAUUGCAUGCCUCAAGGAGGAACGUGGACUGGCUGCAGACUUUAUCAAGCACAUCUUCAACGUGCUCUACGAGGUAUACAGCUCUUCGGCCGGACCGAAUGUCCGAUACAAGUGCCUGCGCGCUCUUCUUCGGAUGGUGUACUACGCCACGCCGGAGCUUCUGCGUCAGGUGCUCAAGUACCAGCUUGUCUCUAGCCACAUUGCCGGCAUGCUGGGCAGCAAUGAUUUGCGCAUCGUAGUGGGAGCCCUCCAAAUGGCUGAGAUCCUGAUGCGCCAACUGCCUGAUGUCUUUGGCACUCACUUCCGUCGCGAGGGUGUUAUCUACCAGUUCACUCAGCUGACGGAUCCAAAUAAUCCCAUAUGCGCGAACCCCUCGCCGAAACCUCUAAGCACAACAGCCACGCCCAGCGCCAAUGCAGGCGGAUCACAAUCGGCUCCGGCCUCCGCCAAUAGCCUGCAGGUCAAUCCCUUCUUUAUGGAUAAUGCGCCAGGAUCGUCGAGUGCUUCCACAACUCCCAGCAGCAGCAAGCAUCAAUCGUACAGUGUGAAGAGUUUCUCGCAUGCCAUGAACGCCUUGACUGCCAGCGCCAAGGGAACUCCUGCAGGAGCGUUGGACGCCACAGGAACCUCUGCACCGGCUGGGGGCUAUAACUACAGCAGCUCGGCGCCCUCUUCAUCCUCGACAACUGGACCGACCGGUGCCUUUUUUGUGGCACAACAGGGAGAUCCCCGCCAGUACGUGCACUUUCAGCAGCCGGCAGUUCCACCACCACCCCCACAGUUGGAGCUUCUGCCAACUGGAGUUCAGCAACAAGGACAACAGGUGCCUCAGGUAAUUUACCAGCCACAACAGCAACAGCCUGCCCACUUGGUGGUGGCUUCCACCAGCAGUGCUGCUGCCUCAGCGUCGUCGUCAUCGUCCUCCUCGUCCUCGGCUUCGGCACUGCAGCACAAGAUGACGGACAUGCUAAAGCGAAAGGCGCCUCCUAAGCGCAAGUCGCAAAGCAGCGGUAGAGCAAAGGCCAGGCAAGAAGAUGCUGCAGUCGCAGCAGCGUCUGGAGCAGGAGCACCAGUCUCGUCUGCCAGUUCAGCUAUGCACGAACUUCUCAGCCGAGCCACAAGUCUUGGUAGCGGCACCGGUGGCAGGAGUACACCCAGCUCGGGCAGUGGUUCUGGUAGCUCGAAGUCUCGCUUUAAUGCCGGAAACUCGACCAACGCCGGUUCGAGCAAAUCCUCGUUCCUGGCUUCAUUCAAUCCGGCUCGCUGGGGCCGCCAGACUGCCCAUCAUCAUCACCACAAUCAGCAGUCGCAGCAGCAGCACCACGGCCUUUCUAAAGACUCGGGCAACGCUAACUCUAGUGGAUCCAGUUCUGGAACCGGUCUGGCCUACACGGUGGCCCAGCAUGGCUCUGGCAGUGGAGCAGGAGGACUAAACGCAGCAGCUGUUGCUGCCAGUAUCAGCAAGAGUAUCUCCCAUGCCAAUCUCCUAGCGGCGGCCAACAGGGAAAGAGCACGUCAGUGGGUGCGUGAGCAGGCAGUAGAUUUUGUGAAGCGCUACACAGAGCAAGAGGCAAAGAGGUGUAAGGCUGCUUCGGAAAGUAGUGCCACCCAAAGUGGAAGCAGCGGAGUGGCAUUAUCUUCAGCAGGAAAUACUCCACUGUCUACAGCGGGCAGCACCAACGUUUUGGAGCGUCUGUCCAGCAUUCUGUUUAAGCUCAACGGGAGCUACCACGACUGUCUCGAUGCUCUCCUUGAGCUGAAGACCAUCCUGUUGGAGAGCGACAUCUCUCCAUUCGAAGUGAAUCAUUCUGGCCUUAUCAAAGCCAUGCUCAACUAUAUGACUAGCGAAACGGGAUUGGUGGAGCGCGAUGCACGCCUGCGUAGUUUCAUGCACGUCUUUGCCGGUCUGCCGUUGGAGCCUCUUCUCCAGAAUGUCGGCCAGAUGCCCACGAUCGAACCGUUAGCGUUCGGCGCCUUUGUAGCCAAGUUAAACGGCUGUGUGACGCAACUAGAACAAUUCCCAGUCAAGGUACACGACUUCCCCGCCGGUCCGGGGGGUAGGUCCAAUCAGAGCGCGCUGCGCUUCUUUAACACUCACCAACUAAAGUGCAAUCUACAACGUCAUCCCCAGUGUACCAAUCUGCGUCAAUGGAAAGGCGGCACUGUAAAGAUCGACCCGUUGGCCAUGGUCCAGGCCAUCGAACGGUAUCUGGUAGUGCGCGGCUACGGAGGCAUCCGUGCGGACUCCGACGACGACAGUGAAGAGGAUAUGGAUGAUAACGUAGCAGCUGUGGUGAUGACCCAGGCUGGCUUCAAGCACAAGCUUCAAUUCACUAUCGGGGAUCACGUCUUGCCCUACAACAUGACCGUCUACCAGGCGGUUAAACAGUUCUCGCCUCUGGUCAGUGAGCAACCGGAGACCGACAACGAGUCGGAGACGCUUUUAGGAAACGCUAGCAUUUGGGUGCAACAGCACACCAUCUACUACCGCCCCGUGGAGGAAGAAGUCGCUUCGGGAGGGGCAGCGGGAGCAGCUUCCACCAGCAGCUCGUGUAGCAGUGGCGUGCAAAAGCAACAGAGCACCUCCAGUUCCGCUUCCAGCUAUGCAAAUGCCUCCUCGUGCUCUUCAUCGUCUGGAGUCGCCAGCGGUGGGGGAUCCUCCUCAAAGAAGGCCCAUAAAUCUAGUAGCAAGUUCAUGCGCAAAAAGACUGAGCUCUGGCAUGAAGGAAUAGCUCCCGGAGUGAUAUCGGCUCUUAAGCCCUUCCUGAGUAGUUCGCUUCCAGCUGAUGUGGUAACCGUUCAAGAUUCAUCGCUGGAUGCAUUGUGUAUGCUGCGAGUGAUCCACGCCCUUAAUCGCCACUGGGAGCACCUUUACGGCUGUGUUGUCCGUCAGAACAUCAUCCCCCAGGCAGAGUUUGUACAUCCGAAAAUCACCGCCAAGGCGAAUCGACAGUUGCAGGAUCCGCUUGUGAUCAUGACAGGCAACCUACCGCAGUGGCUGCCCCAAAUAGGCAUGGCCUGUCCUUUCCUUUUCCCCUUCGAGACGCGUCACCUGCUCUUCUACGCCACCAGUUUUGAUCGGGAUCGCGCUUUGCAGCGUCUGCUGGACACCACACCCGAUCUGAAUGCAGCAGAGUCUUCAGAACGAGUUGCUCCUCGCCUUGAUCGCCGGAAGCGUGCGAUUUCCCGGACGGAGAUACUAAAACAGGCCGAGCACAUCCUCCAAGACUUUGGGCACUCUAAGGCCUUGCUAGAGAUUCAGUAUGAGAAUGAAGUCGGCACGGGCUUAGGACCCACACUGGAAUUCUACGCGUUGGUCUCUGCUGAGCUACAGCGCACAGAUCUUGGGUUAUGGAAUGGCAGCGAUAGCUACAAACAGAACUCUGUUACCAUCGUGGAUGUGGUGAAGGCCAGCACUGUGUUGCACAUUGAAGAUGCCCUCGAGGCAACUACCAUGGACCACAGCCCUCCGUCGGCGGGCGGAGCAACGCUUGUAAGCAGCACUACCACCACCACAACAACAGCAACUGUGCAGCAGCAUCCACCUACGCGCUCCAGCAGUCGCUCACAUGUCUUACGCAGUGCAGCUGGCCAACAAUUACUAUCCCAACCGGUGGAGCACAGCUCCUCCAGCGCCGGCGCUAAUGAGAAUGCUUUAAAUAUGAUUAUCGCACAGCAAUUCAGUGAUAUGAACACUGCUGACCCAGCAGCAACUGAUAACCCCAGUAGCACCACUACUACAACAACCAGUGUAGUGGAGCAGAACACCAAUACGAAUCACAACAAUACCACCACGACCACAACAACAACCAUGAUGAGUUAUGUUCAUGCGGUGCAUGGCCUGUUCCCUCUGCCUCUGGGUAAAUCCUCAAAGCUUCCCCAGAUGACCAAGGCCAAGGCCAAGUUCAAGUUCUUGGGCAAGUUCAUGGCCAAGGCUGUGAUGGACAGUCGCAUGCUGGACCUGCCCUUCUCGUUGCCAUUCUAUCGCUGGCUGGUCAGCGAAGAGCAUUCGAUUGGCCUGGCCGAUCUGAUGCGUGUGGCACCAGAGGUGCAAAACACUUUGGUCCGUCUGCAGGAUUUAGUUCGCCAGCGGGAGUACAUUUUGUCCGAUCCAAACAUCGAUGCCAUGGAGAAGACAGAAAAGAUUGAACAGCUGGACCUAGACGGCUGCCCAAUUGCAGACCUAGGUCUAGACUUCGUACUGCCCGGACAUGCCAACAUUGAGUUGUGUCGUGGCGGUCGCGAUACACCUGUCACUGUGCACAACCUCCACCAGUACAUCUCGCUGGUCACUUACUGGUUCCUCAUCGAGGGUGUCCAGAAGCAGUUCGAGGCAUUGCGUGAGGGUUUCGAUUCCGUCUUUCCGAUCCAACGUCUACGCAUGUUCUAUCCCGAGGAGCUGGAGUGUGUGUUCUGCGGAUCGGCUAGCGAGCAACAGCAUUCGCGGUGGGAAACCAAGAUGUUGCAAGACAGCUGUCGCACUGAUCAUGGAUUCCACCAGGAGUCGCAGGCUAUUCAAUAUCUAUACGAGAUCCUGGCAUCAUACAACCGCGACGAGCAGCGCGCUUUCCUGCAGUUCGUGACGGGUUCACCACGUCUGCCGACUGGCGGGUUCAAGGCCCUGACGCCACCUUUGACUAUCGUCCGCAAGACGCUGGAUGGAAACCAAAACCCAAAUGAUUAUCUACCAUCUGUGAUGACCUGUGUCAACUAUCUUAAGUUGCCCGACUACUCCAGUCGCGAGGUGAUGCGGCAGAAACUGAAAGUGGCCGCCAACGAGGGCAGUAUGUCCUUCCACCUCUCUUAAGCAAGCAAUGGAACAAACCCGAAUCCCUUGCCCUGAAGACCACAUCUGCAGCAGCAACACAAAAGGAAACACUCCAGAUAAUACUAAAUUGGACAUCAGUCGCCUUUUUUCCAAGCGCUACAAAACUUCUGCAGAUUGGCUUAAUUAGAUGGGGCAUAUUUGUUUUUUUUUUUCUUACGAAAGUUACUCUCACCGCCCGCGCUUCUACCCGCCCAUUCAGGUUCCGUUUUGCCAAGCGCGCGCCAUUCUAAAUUUCAAUAUAAAUAUAUAAUUAAAAUAUAUUUUUUAAUACCAAGUUUUGCAAAAGAAAGAGAAGAAACGAAAGGAACGAAAAAAGGAAAUUAGUGCCGACGGGGAUUAAGUCAAGAAAGAAACUAAUGAUGGAUUACACUCAUACCUCUCCCAAUAAUGUUACCUUAAAUAAAUUGAAUAGUUCAAAUUGAUUAUUCAAAAGGCGAUCAUUUGUCCACCCAGAAGCGCACAGAGCGAUAAAUUAUCGAUCCGAGCUUUGCGUUCGUUCUAGUUAAAUUUGUUUUAGUUGGCUUUCCAUCAUUAUUAUUACUCUCAUGCUAAUUCUAAUACCUACUGUAAUCAAAGAAUUAUUUUAUUAAGUUUUUUGUUUGUUAUGUUGAACCUUUUUCUCUGGCGUUUAAAUACGAGUUUAAUUAAUUUGUAAGCAUAAAUAUUGCAUAAACGCUUAUUAGGAACGAAAAUGAAUGGAAAUAGAACGGAGACGAGUAACUGUAGCAUCGGAGGUAGAGGAGGAAGAGUAGCCGUUAUAUGGAAGAGGGAGAAUUCAUCAUUAUUUACGUAUAGCAACCCAAACUAAAUGAUCUAAAUAAAAACGCCCACCCUUGAAAGUUACAUUUAAAGAAUUAAAAAUAUAUUAAACAUAAAUAUAAAUAUACCUUAAUGAUCUAUCUUGCAUGCCUACAAGAAAAUUGAAUGCAAACAUUGCAAGCUGUGUUACAUAAAAAACAAACAAAACUAAAAAACAAAAGCCAUCAUGGGUGUAUGUUUAAUUUGAAGAUACCGAGAAUUGGAUUAAGGGAAAGCAGAAGGAAAGAAGUUAGUGUUUAGUACACAUCCCUUUUACAUAAACUAUGCUUACAAAUAUAUAAAUAUAAUAUAUUUAAACUGUAACAUUACAUUUAUUGUACUUGAAGCAUAUACAUACAUUUUUGUGUUGUCUAACAAAAAGGAACAGAAUGCUAAUAAAUAAAUUAAAUAAAAAUGGAUUAACUUAUGAAACUUACAUUAAACUAGAUACAAAUCUUUGCAGUACUGAAAACUGAUUACUGACAUGUGGUAUAUAUACAUAUAACUAUAAAAUCAUAUAUAUAAAUAAUAUAAUUACACUUAACUGAACACAAUGGCAUCUCUCGAGGCGCUGGUCAAGUUAUAACAUAAAAAUGUUAGAAUUAAAUUAUCAAAUAACAUUAAUAUUACAUUAUACCUUACAUCAACAAACACAUUUGCUCCAUGAUAUCGACAAGAAAGUAAAACAAACAAACCAAGAAGCAAACAAAUAAAAACAAAAUGAUUAUACGAAA